AUGAAUCCCAUUCUCGACGACGACGUCCUAUGCUGUAUUCUUGAAGAACUCCGUGCGGAAUAUGCGGCCCUUAGAAACUGCUCACUCGUCAGCCGCAGUCUCAAUCGGAUUGCCACCAAAUUCCUGUACUCCAAGGUCAUCUGGUCGCCCCGGUUCCGUCCAACAUUCAGUCUGAAGGACAAAGGACUACCCCCACCAUCCUCGAUGUUCAGCUCGGCUUGUCUGCCUCAUAAUGCGCCAAAAGUCAAAGCACUGGAAAUCAGCGGGUGCCUCUCGCCGCGACCACCAUCACUGAAUCCAUUUCCGACGGUGUUACUCGAAGCCGUCCAGUCUUUCGUGAAUAUGCGAUUUUGUCAUUUGACACCAACGAUGUACCACGAAGACCUCUUCACGAAUAUCCUGGAUGUUUUAAAGUCGUCGCCCUAUCUAUCUCAUCUCGAGGUCAACUCUUCAUGUAUGGACGUGUCCAGGGCGCCGAUUCUGGUACAAAUUACCGCGAUUAAUGUUUUGGUGCUUCAGGAUCCGACGAGAGCGAUAUUAGACGCGUUGCCAUCGUGGCUAGCCAACCUGUCGCUGACUGAGCUGCAUUUAAAGGGCAAUUGUGGAUCGAUAACACCCGGCGUACUUAAAUCUUUUGUGCCCUACCUUGAGAACAUCACUGCUUUUUCACAUGGACUAUCAUAUUCUCUUACGGACGAAGAUGUCUUUUCUUUUUUGUCGCAGUUACCGCGGUUGCAGUUCCUGACAUUACAAUACUAUCUGCAACUACGCCCCUCGCCUGUUGUUCCCUUCUUGUCCAACCUCCGGUCAUUUACUGUCUACUACCGACCCGUAUGGAAUCGCGACGAGGCCGAUCGACUGGGCAAAUGGAUACGCACUGUGAUUGCCAGCUCUCCUAUCGACCACCUCGCCUUGUUCUCUGAUGAUGACUUUGUGGCCUCCAACGUCCGGUUUGAUGGCAUUAUAUGCCAUCUAGCCAGUAAACAUGCUGCUAGGCUCCGGUAUCUGGAGAUGCAACAGGCAUUUAUAAGCGUGGAUGCGCUCAGGCUUUUGUGUAAGGAGUGUUCGGUGUUGGAAGAACUCUCGAUGGCUGGGGGAAAGAACGUGCUGGCUGUAUUCGGUCAAUGUAUCUCACAGAUGAGGCAUCUCCACACUGCCCAAAUUGAAGUACGGAACAUCAAGCAUAGUGUGUCUUCGGGGUUUCCGGCAGUAGCCAAGGAUAUCAUCAUCAAGUCGUCGCGACUACGAAGAUUGAACGUAAACGGGUAUCAUUUAGAGGCGCGUUGGGCGACAUCUGCUGAAGGGAGUUUCGAUUUGGUCGUUGAGCAGGUUCCGUCACGGACACUUCCUUGGGAACGAUGGGAGGUCUGAUGAGGCGAGCGCCAACAUCAAACAUGUAAUCUUAGAGGACUGGGCACUACUACCUGAAGUUCACGAGGAGAAUGUCACCCACGUAAUGGCUUGCCACAGGUACUUUGUGGAAAAAUAAGUAAAAGGUACGCGGGAUCAGCUAUCGCUCAUUCUAUUAAGUCCACCGCACCAUCAACAAACAUGCUCAACUACACAAAGUCGGGGAGCCAUCCUGCAACUCCGCCAUCCGACUGCGUACCCGUGCAAAUUUUCGCAGGUUGAGGAUCAUCCUUGUCACCGUCAUUGUCAUAC